AUGGACGGCACGAAACUCCCCGAGCUACCGGACCUCCAGCUCCAACCGGGCGUCACCAAAGAAUCCGUCGACGCCGUGCAAAUAACGACAUCCUGGCUGACAACCCUUUCUCAGCGCUUCGCCGAGAAGAACCUCACCCUCUCCGACCUGUUCAUCGAGAAUUGCUGGUGGAGAGACAUCGUCGCGCUUUCAUGGGACUUUUCGUGCAAACAGGGCCAGGCGGCCAUCGCGGCGUACCUUUCUUCCGCAGAACACGGCCUCUCGGAGCUUGAGCCGAACAAGUUCGGGGGCCUGCAGCCUUUACUUGUCGACUUUGGCGGGCAGAUCUGGAUCCAGUCUGGCUUCACGUUCCGCACGCCUCAUGGAGAAGGGAAGGGAUUGCUGAAGUUAAUGAACGUGGGCGUGGGAGAGUGGAAGGCUUGGACCGUGUUCACGCAGCUCGAGAGGCUGGAUUAUCAGAGGGAGUUGGAGAAGCAGAGGGCUGUGUGCGUGCCGCCUGCGUUAGCCAGUAAUGGGACGAAUGGGACGGACGGAGAGGAACUGCAGGUGUUGAUCGUUGGUGCAGCGCAAGCUGGACUGAUGCUCGGUGCGCGGCUCCAGCACAUGGGCAUCAAGACACGUCUCCUGGAGAGGAGCUCUCGCCUCGGAGACUCCUGGCGGAAGAGGUAUCAGAGCGUCACGCUCCACACGCCGACUUACACGGAUCACUGGGCCUACAUGAAGAUCCCCGAGACGUGGCCCAGGUUCCUUACCGGAGACAAGGUGGCAGAGUUCAUGGAGCACUACGGCCAACUGAUGGGUCUCGACAUCCAGUACGACUCCAACGUCACAAAGGUUACCUUCGAUGAGGUCGCCAAAAAGUACACUGUCCAAGUCACGACACCAGGGGGAACACGCACACUCUCCGCGAAGCACGUCGUUCUAGCUACGGGCCUCUUUGGGGACGAACCAAUCGUGCCCGAGUUCAAGGGCCAAGAGACUUUCAAGGGUCAGAUCUACCACUCCAAGUACCACAAAUCUGCUGCCGACAUCCCAGAUGUGGGCAACAAAAAGGUCGUGGUGGUCGGCUCCGCCACCAGCGGGCACGACAUUUCCGCAGACUUUGUCGCCCACGGCGCCAAGGAGGUGACGAUGAUGCAGCGCCGAGCAAUCUACUCCAUCUCCCGCGAGUCCUGGGAGAACUUCAUGCUCGCGCUGUGGGAAAUCCCCGGCCUCAGCACGGAGGAAGCCGACAUCGUCGGCAACGCGAUCCCGCUGGCGGUCAUCCGGAAGAUGAGCAUCGGGCUGACCAAGAUGAUGGCGGCGCACGACAAGGUCGUCCACGACGGGCUGAAGAAGGCCGGGCUGGCGCUGAAGGAGGGCGGCGACGGGUACGGCCUGGCGGACUACCAGCUCAUCAAGGGAGGCCAGUAUUACAUUGACCAAGGGGCAAACCAGAUGAUCAUCGACGGCCGGAUCAAGAUCAAGAGAUGCGAGGAGGGGGUGCGGGAGUUUGUGGAGGAUGGCCUGGUCCUCGCUGACGGGACGAAGCUUGAGGCAGACAUCGUGGUGCUUGCCACCGGCUUCCAAAAGGAGACGACGACCAUUGAGAAGCUGAUGGGCUCGGAGGUGUCGAAGAGGCUGCGCAAGUUUGGGCAAUUGGACGAGGAGCAGGAGCGGUCUGGGUGGUGGCGAUCAACAGGCGUACCUGGAUUCUGGUACAUGACCGGCAGCUUCAUGUACUGCCGCCAAUUCUCGCUGCCGUUGGCGCUGCAGAUUGCGGCUGUCGAGAAAGGGCUGAACAAGUCUUAUUACAAGAAA